AUGGACCCCCUGAGGGGUCUGACCACUGCUCUCCUCUCCCUCCUCAUCCUGUCCACGCUGCUGGGCAAUGCCCUGGUGUGCGCCGCCGUGCUGCGCUUCCGCCACUUGCGCUCCAAGGUGACCAACGUCUUCGUCUUCUCGCUGGCCGUCUCGGACCUCCUGGUGGCCCUGCUGGUGAUGCCUUGGAGGGCGGCAGCCCAGGCCGCGGGCUACUGGCCCUUCGGGGCCUUCUGCGACGUCUGGGUGGCCUUCGACAUCACGUGCUCCACGGCCUCCAUCCUGCACCUCUGCCUCAUCAGCCUGGACCGUUACUGGGCCAUCUCCAGCCCCUUUCGGUACGAGCGUCGGAUGACCCGGGCCGCGGCCCUGGCGACCAUUGGGGUGGCCUGGCUGCUGUCCCUCCUCAUCUCCUUUAUCCCCGUCCGGCUACGCUGGCACCGGGCCGGCGAGCGGCUCCGCCCCGCGGGAGGCGAAGGCGCCAACGGCACCGUCCGGGCCGAGAACUGCGACGCCAGCCUGAACCGAACCUACGCCGUGUCCUCCUCGCUGGUCAGCUUCUACAUCCCCGUGGUGGUCAUGGUGGUGACCUACGGCCGGAUCUACCGGAUCGCCCACCACCAGCUGCGCAGGAUCUCGGCCCUGGAGCGGGCCGGGGGGCUGGGGAGGGGCGGUGCGUUUGGGGCGCCCCUUCCCACGACUCUCUCCUCCCCUCGGAGCUCCUUGCGCAAGGAGACCAAAGUGCUGAAGACCCUGUCCGUCAUCGUGGGGGUCUUCGUGGGCUGCUGGCUCCCUUUCUUCGUCCUCAACUGCCUGGUACCCUUCUGCCCUCUGGGCCCGGCGGGGCGACCCCCCUGCGUCAGCGAGACCACCUUCAGCGUCUUCGUGUGGUGCGGCUGGGCCAACUCGGCCCUCAACCCGGUCGUCUACGCUUUCAAUGGCGAGUUCCGGCGGGCCUUCGCCUCCGUCCUGGGCCGCGGCCCAUGCGCCGGUCCUUCCCGGGCCGCGGUGGAGACGCUCGACUUGAGCGACCAGCUGGUGUCCUACCGCCGGGACACCGGGACCCGCCCCAAGGAGCCGGCGGAUGCGUACGUAUCUAUGAUUCCAUUU